AUGGGCCUCGGGUGUAUAGCUCUGACGGGCAACCCGCACUUUCCGACCUAUCCAAAUACAUUGACUGUCGAGCAGGUGAAUGCCGGUCUAUCUGCUCCAGCUACAGCAAUUACCCUUCUUGGAAAAGGCGGUGCCGUGCUCCUGCUCAUUCUACUAUUGAUGGCAGUCACCAGUUUCACCUCAGCCGAGCUGAUUGCAGUAUCUUCUUUGUUGACCUUUGACGUCUAUAAGACAUACUUGAGGCCAAACACUAGCUCCACUGAGGUAGUUAAAGUCAACCAUUGGACUAUUCCCUGUUAUGCAGUUUUUUUGGCGGCUUUCUGCUGCAUACUGAACGCGGCGGGCAUCAGCCUGACGUGGAUCCUCACCGUUCUGGGUGUUAUAGUCGGCGGUGCAGCUCUUCCCUAG